AAUUUCAAAAAGUAAAGAGCUAAUAAAUGUUUUGCUUUGAUGUUUUUUGCUUUGACGACCCCCACCUGGAAUACUAUGAUGCUAAUGAGAUAGAUGUCUGAACAUGCCCCGCACAGUGCACCCAGGCUGACCACUGAGAGAAGACAAAAAAAAUGCACAUGUGAAAAAAAAGGAGGAAAUUCUGGGAAAUUUGGUUGCCUCACAAAGUGCACGUCAUUUCCUCCUGUGACAAAUGUGUGGUUUCUGUCUUAAGUUUUUAAAGCGGUGUGAUUAUGACAAGUCCACACAAUUUGCCUGUGAUACUGCGUGGAGAAUGAAUGGUCAUGUAAAGAGCAUGCACUGUCAAACCUUUAUGGACCUUGCAACAACGUUACUCUCUCUCUUGCUGGUUAUGGCUGUUUAUUCAACAAGAACUGUGGCAGCGAGCAGAAACCAGCAGUGUGGGAAUUCUCUGCAGCAGACCGUGAGGCUCACCAGACUCGUACAGAAAGAAUCUGUUGACCUCAUCAAAACAUAUAAAGCCUCUCAAGGUGAAAUGUCAGAGCUCUUUUGCAAGGUGUCAGUCAACAACGUCCCUGACCCCAACAUCUCCGGCCUGGAGUCCUCGGAGAGGAUAGCGAGCAUCUACACACAGCUCCAAGCCUUCCUUGCACAUUUCAAACGGGUGUACGAGCAGCAGACAGAUUUGCAGCUCCCGAUGAGUCCGCUGCUGACCGAGCUCACCACUGUCAGCGCACGCAGCAGGAACCUGGCCGCGCUCAUCAACAGCUUCUAUCAAAGCCUCUUCCCAAACCUGCCUCUACCUGAGCCGGCGGGGCCCACGACACUACCCCCACCCCAGAACGUGUUCCAGCAGAAGGUCUACGGCUGUGUGGUCCUGAAGACCUACAAAGAGUUCCUGUCAAACGUUGCGCGAGAACUGAGAAAUAUCAAGAGCAAAGUUUGCAGGGGGAGGACACAAAUGAACACACCCUUCUACUGAGGAUGACCUAAGGCCGGCCUUAGUUAGUCAGUUUCCAACCAUACUUAUACUCCCAGGGUUUUGAUAUAAAGACUUAAAAAGAAAAUUUGAAGGUGGCUGGUACAUCACUGUAAAGAAGCCUAUUUAUGGUAUUUAAUAUUUAUUUUCUUGUGUUCUGGGUUCUGUUGAAAAAGACUCGGGUCAUGAAAUUCAUCUCUAUGCAGGUUAUGUAUAUUUAAUAUGUUCCGUAAUGGUCUACUUUGCUGAUCUAAACUAUGCAGACUUAUUAAAAGAA